AUUAAGUAUUUUUAAUUUUUCAGAUAAAAUGGCAAGCGAACGUUACAGUUUCUCUUUGACAACAUUUUCCCCCUCCGGAAAACUAGUUCAGAUUGAAUAUGCACUGAUGGCAGUGUCGUCAGGAGCCCCAUCGGUGGGCAUCAAGGCUGGCAACGGGGUCGUGCUCGCCACUGAGAAGAAGAACAAGAGUAUCCUUGUCGAGGGUAACUUCACAAACAAGAUCCAACAAAUCUGCGGGCACAUCGGGAUGGUGUACAGCGGCAUCGGUCCGGACUGUCGUCUCCUCAUCCGUAGAGCGCGUAAGAUGGCGCAGGAUUACUACCUGAUGUACCAUGAGCCCAUCCCGACCGCGCAGCUGGUGUCUAGGGUAGCCCUGGUGAUGCAGGAGUACACCCAGUCAGGAGGAGUCAGACCUUUCGGUGUUUCCCUUCUUAUCUGUGGUUGGGAUGAACCUGGAAAACCUCUCCUGUUCCAGUGCGAUCCUAGCGGAGCUUACUUCGCCUGGAAAGCCACCGCAUUGGGUAAAAAUAGCAUCAACGGUAAAACCUUCCUGGAGAAGAGGUACAGCGAGAACUUGGAGCUCGAGGAUGCCGUCCACACCGCUAUCCUCACCCUAAAGGAGGGGUUCGAGGGGCAGAUGACGGAGGAGAAUAUUGAGAUCGGUAUUUGUAACGAUCAAGGGUUCAGGCGUCUCACUCCAACUGAAGUCAAGGAUUAUCUGGCCAACAUUCAAUAAAUCGCGAAUCCAAUUCAACACUGAAAUUUCGUAAUAAAAUUCUGUUCUCCUAACUUAAUCCUGUCAUAAUGUAUUUUAUUGAAAUUAAACCUAAAAUUAAAUUCUCUGUAUGAAGUUCAGUUUGAAUUAAAUACUUUGUGUUUGUGA